AUGAGUUGGAUUGUGUCGCAUUCCACGAACGAUAAAAUAUACGAUGGAGACGUGCUGCUCUACCAGGGAGCGAUUUCUGGAGAUAAACUCAAUGGAGAGGGACGGUGGUACUAUAAGAAUCGCACCGUGCUGUAUAAUGGUUUCUUUUCGUCUAAUCUGUGGAAUGGAUUCGGCUGUGUUUAUUAUCCUAAUGGGACGCUGUUUUACAAAGGAGAUUGGAAGAAAGGGAAGAUGGACGGACUGGGGACACUGUAUAAACCUAUCAAUCUUCAGUAUUGUAAUGCGGAGCAACGAAAGUAUAUUUGGGACAACGAACGACGGGAUCACUUAUCAAUCGCAAAAUCGUACAAGAAUAAUUUCUGUAGUUUUAAAUCUUGUGUUUGUUUAACAAUUCCGCGGUAA